AUGCAAACGUGUACUGAAUUAUGUCAUAAUGUAGGUCGCCCUAAGAGGUUGUUUGUUUUUGUUAAUCCAUUUGGUGGGAAGAAAUCCGCUACGAAGAUUUUCGAUGAACAAGUGAAACCUCUUCUUGAAGAUGCUCAAAUCGAAAUCACAGUCCAAGAAACCAAGCAUCAGCUCCAUGCAAAGGAAAUUACUCAUUUGCUAGACAUUACCAAAUACGACGGGAUUGUUUGUGUUAGUGGAGAUGGACUUUUGGUAGAGGUUGUAAAUGGACUUCUUCAAAGAGAGGAUUGGGAAACGGCAAUAAAGAUACCCCUUGGGGUAGUUCCUGCAGGUACGGGAAAUGGCAUGGCGAAAUCACUUCUUGAUUCUGUGGGCGAUCCUUGUGAAGUAGCUAAUGCCGUUCAUGCCAUUAUACGAGGCAAUAAACGACCACUUGAUGUGGCUACCAUCAUACAAGGAGAAAUCAGAUUUUUCAGUAUAUUGAUGCUUGCAUGGGGUCUGGUGGCAGAUAUUGACAUAGAGUCUGAAAAGUACAGGUGGAUGGGGAGCGCUCGACUUGAUUUCUAUGGCCUCUGUCGACUCUUGAACUUGAGGCAAUACAUUGGAUGUGUUUCUUUUGUGCCUGCACCUGGGUUUGAAGCUUUUGGGGAGCCCACAAGUUACCCUGGAAAACCUACUACUAGCAAAGGAAGCAACAGUGAUACAAGUGAAGCAGAACAUACUAAUAAACAAAGGCCUUGUUAUCUAGGACCUGAAAUAAACGUGGAAAAUUUGAAUUGGAGAGUUAUAAAUGGACCCUUUAUUUCUGUCUGGCUUCACAAUGUGCCUUGGGGUGCGGAAGACACAAUGGCAGCACCUGAUGCAAAGUUCUCUGAUGGUUAUCUGGACUUGAUCAUCAUCAAGAAUUGCCCAACGCUACCAUUACUAUCAAUGAUGUCAGAGUUGAAUACAGGAGGACAUGUAAAAUCUCAGUACGUCACGUACCUAAAGGUGAAAGCUUUCAGCUUGCAACCUGGUCCACGCACCAAGGACCAAGAGAAAGAAGGGAUCAUAGAUGCAGAUGGUGAGGUUCUGGCAAGAGGGAAAGGAACUUACAAGUGUGAGGAGAAGACUUUGAUGACCUAUGAUAAAUUACAGAUAGCAGUGGAUCAAGGUUUAGCAACACUUUUUACUCCGAUAUAGUACUUUUUUUGUCUUGUCAUGGAUUUUUUCAAACUUACUAGACUAAGUACUAAUUCCGUUGGUAGUACUGUAUGAUGAGUUUUCACACACAAUCUUUGGUUUAA